AUGAAUAGUACAGCUCGAACUUCCGGCUUCGCACCAUGGGACAACCCACGUGACAUCAUGUCCCACCAGGACUACCUGACUGUGGUGUUUAUUUUACAAGCUGUCAUUCAGCCUGUUGUUGUUGUGGUGGGCGUGCCGUCCAACAUCAUCAGCUGUGUGGUGUUCUGGCGCCAGGGACUUGGGGACCGCAUGAACGUGUGUCUGUUGGCGCUGUCGCUGGUGGACCUCUGUCUCCUGCUGGUGUCCGUGGUGUUCAGUGUCUGCUAUUACCUGGGACAAGUCGACCCUGCAGAUUAUGGUAGUCUCUAUGACUUACUUUUAGCUUUUUUCUCUGGAGUCUACCUAGCAUUUCGAAGCGCUUCCGGGUGCAUCACCAUGGUGAUAGCUGUAGAGCGGUGCCUGUGUGUUGUCUUCCCGCUGAAGGCCGCCUACUUGAUCAGUAGUCGCAACAUGGCGGUGAUUAUGAAAGAGGUAGAUGAUUUAUCAGAGACGGCGCUGGUGUUAACAGUGAGAAUGUCACCACAUAUCGAAGGCAUGGUCAAUAGCUGA